AAGAUCGUGCGAUGUACGAUUAGGUUAUGUUUUUUUUGUUUACAUGUUCUUUUUAAAUAAUUUUUCUUUAAUUUAUCCGAACAAUAAUGAGUUAAAUAUCAAAUAAAAUAAUUCACAAAAAACAUAAAAUGUCCGAGACACAAGCGCUACAAGAAGAAGAACGCGAAGUGCUGUCUUCAAUUUACGAAGGCGACGAAUGUUUUAAGCAAAUCGAUUCUAAAACUUUUCAAUACAAGUAUGGUAUAAGUGAAACCCCAAAAACUUUCCUACUAGAACUAAAAUGGGGCGAAUCCUAUCCAGAACAAUCACCUGAAAUAAGCAUGGACGUGUUUUACAACAAACACAUUCAUACAUCAUUAAAAACCAAAAUAUGUGAUCUUGUUAGAACCGAAUCCGAACAAUAUUUGGGCAUGUCCAUGACUUAUUCAUUGUUCGAGUUUGUGAAGGAAAAAUUUGAAGAGCUAAUCGAAGAACAACCUGAAAAUGUUGAAAUGGAUAAAUUGCGUAUAACCGAGGAUAAUCAGGACAAUGAGGAAGUUGCUCAGGUUAAAAAGGAAAAAAAGGAACAGUUGACUAAGGCGCAGAAAAGACGACAAUGGAAUAAGUUGGAUUCGAAAGGUGAAAAACCUAGAGGCUGGAAUUGGAUUGAUAUUGUUAAACAUUUAUCACAGACUGGUUCUAAAGAGGAUAAUCUAGUGACUUCAUGAUUAUGUUUAUUUGUAUAUAUAAUAAAAUAAUUUUUAUGCAAAAGA